AUGGAGUCCUGCAGGGUUCCUCACCAUGUCCUGCUUUUAUUCAUCCUCAUGUUCAUCACAGUAUCUGUAUCAGCUCUCACUACUGUACAGGUGAAGUUUAAUCAGACUGCUGAUCUGCCCUGUGAACGGAAAUAUUCUGGUUUGGCCAAAUGGAAUCUGAUCGGUAACCGAGAUGAUGUAGUGGCUGAGUGUGAUCAGACAUCCUGCAGGUCAGUAAAGGAGGGAUUUAAAAUGUCCCAUGAUCAGUACCUGAAGGGAGAUCUCACCCUCACCAUCACUGCAGCUGAUGACAGUAAGAGGAACACGUACACGUGUCAGUGUGAUGACAAAGAAAUUGAUGUGCGUCUCAGUAUCGAGAUGUUGACAUCACUCGUUCAGAGAAACCCUGGUGAAGAUCUGAAGCUGGAUUUGCACGUAUCAGAGGGAGUGAAUGUGAUCUAUCAGGGUGAAGAUACAGCAGGUCUACAUAAUGAAGAGAUCUGCAGUGUGGAUAAAAGCUCACUACACUGUACAGAUGAAUACAGACCGAGAACAUCACUCUCUAACAUAGUUCUUACACUGAGAGGAGUAAAGUCCACUGAUGAUGGUGUUUACAUCGUCCAAGACACGAAGUAUAAUGAAGCUCUUCAUACUUACGCAGUAUCAGUGAGAAAUCAGCACAGAGAACAGCAUAGUGCUCUACCAGUGUGGGCGAUUAUCCUGAUAGUGAUGGUGGUGGUGGCUGUUGUUGGACUCUUUGUGAUAAUGAGGAAACUACUUAGGAACAGCAAGAUGAGCUCAGAACCGACACGGAAUAACAGUGAUAAACCUCUGGAUGAAGAUGAAGGUCUACACCUGGAUACAUGAGAGACAGCGCAGGAAUGAAGGACUUGCACAAAGAGACUCAGAAAUCUUCAGACCUCAUUUAUAAGAAGUGUGUACACAACCUCCCUCACAGAUUGAUUCUUUAUCUUUUCUUUUUUUGUGUGCUGUGCCAUAUUUUGUGUGCAGGUCCGAACUCCCGCCCAGAGUUUCCAGCCUGCCUUAGCCUGCCUUGCUCCUGCCUCCCAGGAUGACAUCACUGAGUGGCAACCAUAUCUGAAGAGGAAGAAGAGUGAGAAUAGUGUGGGAUGUUGGAGGUGGUUACGUGUAAUUUGUUGCUAGGAGAUUGUUUGGUUUGUGUUGUUUGCCCUUGUGGGGAUAUAACAAUUCUAUAUUCUGACUGCUGUUCUGGGUUUUGACUCUUGCCUUGGGGUUGACUCUGAUUUUGGUUGUUCCUGUAUCUGGUAAAUGAUAAUGAAUUGGGUUGAAUUUGUGGAUUUGAAUGUGUGUUAGAAAGACAUUGACAGAUUUACAUUAAACUUACCUCUAGACUUAAAUUAUUAUUAUUACCCCUAGACUUACGUUAUUAUUACGUAUUCUGAGUCAGUGGGUUUUUGGUUCUGUUCUUAAUACAGAAAAUCAUGUCAGUUCUUGUCCAUGGUAAUAACUUAUAUGCUACAGAUUGCACAGUAUACAGUACAGUUUGCACUGCACUUAUGCAUACAUAUUGAAAAGCACCGACAUUUUUUUUUUUUUUUUUAAACUUUAAGCACCUACUGAUUAAUGUCAUAGCAUGGAUAUAUUGCUCUUGGUUAAAAGUACAAAAAGUGCAAUUGUUGGUAGAAUAUACCCAGGUAUGAUACUUCCAGUGUUGUAAAUCUGCUUAUUAAAAUUAUAUAAGCCGUAGACCAGUGGUUUUCAAAGUGGGGUUUGUGAAGCAUUUCUACAUAAUUUACAUUGCAAUUAUUCAUACAAAUGUUUUAGUGUUUUUUUUAGAGCCAUCCUUAAUUUCUCACCCCUCAGUCGUUCUCUGCUCUCUUCCUACAAUACAUUGACAAAUAGUGUCAUGUUGGAUUUACGACAUCUAACGGGUUUUUCUUUUUUUCAUAAGCAAACAUACUGCAAAUAGACUCCUGUUGCUUCACUGUGGGUAUUAAUGGAUGUACCACUGGAUAUACGCAUGUCCUAAACUGAGAAGAAGGUGCAAUAAUAAACUUGAUCUCAUAAAAAAGCCAA